GCCAAAAAUAUGCAAGGGCAGGAGACGCCGCAAUCGCCCCAGGCGGCCAUCUCGGCCGUGCUCGAUGAUGAUGAUCUCCUCGGCGAGAUCAUCAUCCGCGUCACCUUUCCCACCAGCCUCGUUCGCGUUGCCCUUGUUUGCAAGCGCUGGCUCAGCCUCGCCUCCGCGCCCGCCUUCCUCCGCCGCUUCCGCAAGCUCCACCCGCCCAGCCUCCUCGGCGUCUACGUCUUCAGCAUGCAUAACAAUGGACCGCGGUUCGUGCCGAUGUCUCAGCCCCCUGAGCUCCAGGCCGUCCUCCAUAGCGGCAGCUUCAAUUUAGACGCCUUGAUCGGCCACGUGAAAGCACCUGAAUGCUGGAACGGCCUCCUCCUCCUCACCUCCCUCGACCACGACGACGAGCAGCGCACAAGAACGGUGCGCUGGCCCCUAUACCCUACGAGAAAUACGACCAUCCUCCCACCAGUCCCCACCUUCUUCAAUCUCGAUGACGGCUUCAUAUGCUACUAUUGGGAUCAUGACAUCUUGCCCAACGGUGGCGACAAUGCCCUGUCUUUCUUCUGUUUGGCAUUAGGUUAUAAGGACCAACAGACAAUUGUGCAUCUGUAUGUGUUACAAGACGAUAUCUGGGCCAUCCACUCUAAGGUAGUAAUUGAAAUCCCUAUGAUCGAAUUGAUAACCUCUAGUCUGAUCGCUGACAUGAAGAUCUAUAAUCUGGUCACCGUGGGCAAGACUGCUAAGUUAUUCGUGCUAGAUCUUGUGUCUUCAUCUUUCUCACUAGUUAACCUACCUGAAGAUGGCUGGACAGUGGGUCUGUCGCUCACGCAACGUACUGGGGUUCAUCUGACCCAUGUAAAGGACUGUCAGCUUCGCAUCUGGCUUAUCGUGAUGGAUACCAACGGCGUACACAGCUGGUUUCUUGUGGAUACCAUUUUUCUGCGUGAGAUAUGUGCUAAUCAUAUGAUACCAACUCGCAUCUUCGAGGAUGUUGGUGAUUCUGAUCUUACAAUACAUGCAGUUUGGGACAAUUCUGAGUUUGUUCUCAUGGAGUUGGAUGGUGUCCUCCUCUACCUUUUGGAUAUUAAACGCAAGGCAGCAAGGAAGGUCUACAAGCUGACACCAACCGAUAAAUACUUUUUCAGUGUCACUCCUGUUUUGAUGGUCUGGCCUCCUAAAUUCCCUGUGAUAAAGUUAGGAUGAGAUCAAGAAUAAUAACGUUGCAAGGUAACUGAAACAGUGGAAUAUCAAGUGGCAUAACCAAUCAAAGGAUUCAAGGUCGCAGGAAAUCAGAUGUGUGGCCUACAAUAGUGGCAAAUGCACGGCACUCAACACUGGCAGUUUGUCACGUGGCUGUAACUUAUUAGGUGCAUAACCAACCCGUGUGCAAUUAUGCUGGUUUCUAGCCUUUACAAGCUUGCUUCUGUACUGACGCUUCCUCGAGACCAUUAUAACUUCUAUAUUCUGAAUUCUAACGCACAAGAUCUGCAUAUCGAUCUCCAGCCUGCUAGUUUCAGAUGAUAGUUUUAUUCCUUAUAUAGCUCUACUAGUAUGCUUGUGUAAGUUUGCAUUUCCAGAUUGAUAUUCCCUAUUCGAGAUUUAAUGAUUCGUAUGGUUCC